AUGGGCUUGGACCAGGACAAGAUAAAGAAGAGGCUUUCUCAAAUAGAGAUAGAUAUCAACCAGAUGAACCAGAUGAUUGACGAAAAUUUACAAUUAGUUGAACCUGCGGAGGACGAAGCUGUCGAAGAUAAUGUCAAGGAUACGGGUGUGGUCGACGCUGUAAAGGUGGCAGAAACGGCUCUUUUUAGUGGCAAUGAUGGAGCGGAUAGUAACCCAGGAGAUUCAGCUCAGGUUGAAGAGCACAAAACCGCACAGGUCCAUAUUCCCACUGAGAAUGAAGCGAAUAAGAGUACGGAUGACCCAUCCCAGCUAUCGGUUACUCAACCUUUUAUAGCGAAAGAGCAGAUAACUCACACCGCCAUUGCUAUUGGUGACUCCUAUAAUUCAUUUGUCGCAAAUUCCGCUGGAAAUGAAAAGGCAAAGGACUCCUGCACUGAGAACAAAGAAGAUGGUACAGUCAAUAUAGAUCAAAACAGGGGUGAAGCUGAUGUUGAAAUUAUCGAAAAUAAUGAUGAUGAAUGGGAGGAUGAAAAAUCGGAUGUUGAAGAGGGGCGAGUAGAUAAGGGAACAGAGGAAAACAGUGAGAUUGAAUCUUUCAAAUCACCCAUGCCCCAGAAUAACACCUUGGGCGGUGAGAACAAGUUAGACGCUGAACUUGUAUUAGACAAAUUUUCUUCCGCUAAUAAGGAUCUAGAUAUACAACCGCAAACCAUAGUUGUAGGAGGUGACAAUGAAUACAACCAUGAGAGCAGCCGUUUAGCUGAUCAAACACCCCAUGACGAUAAUUCAGAGAAUUGUCCCAAUCGCUCUGGAGGAAGCACUCCCUUAGAUUCUCAAACUAAAAUUUUUAUCCCUAAAAAGAAUUCUAAAGAAGAUGGUACCAAUAUAAAUCACUUUAAUUCAGAUGGUGAUGGACAGAAAAAAAUGGCGAAUUUCGAGACACGACGCCCUACAAAUCCGUUCAGAGUUAUCUCGGUGAGCAGCAAUUCCAAUUCAAGAAACGGAAGUCGUAAAUCUUCACUAAAUAAGUAUGAUUCGCCAGUCUCCUCUCCUAUCACAUCAGCGUCUGAGCUGGGCAGUAUUGCCAAGCUGGAAAAAAGACAUGAUUAUUUAUCCAUGAAAUGCAUUAAGUUACAAAAGGAAAUUGACUAUCUAAACAAGAUGAAUGCACAGGGUUCUUUAUCUAUGGAAGACGGAAAGAGACUACAUAGAGCCGUAGUGAAGCUUCAAGAAUAUCUUGACAAGAAAACGAAGGAGAAAUAUGAGGUCGGAGUGUUAUUAAGUAGACAUCUGAGAAAGCAAAUUGAUCGUGGCGAAAAUGGCCAAUUUUGGAUUGGAACUAAAUGA